UGUAGCUUCUAGAUAAUAAGAAUAUAUCUCGAUUUAUCCUAAGUGCUAAUAAUAAAAAAAGGCUGUCAUUGUGGCCGCUCCUCCCUCCAUGCCUCGCUGCGAGCCCAAGAAGGAGCUGAAUCACAUCUGCCAUGGGGAAGGUGCACAGAUCUCUCGCUCAUGCUCGGAAGGUGAUGGAACAGACCCCCAAAGUGGCAGAGCAGGACAAGAAGAAGAAGCCAAGGAGCAGGGCCCACAAGCAGAUGCAGUAUAACCGCCGGUUCAUCACCGCAGUUGUUGGAUUCAGGAAGAAGAGAGGACCCAACUCUUCCAAGUAGGGAGAUGAGGGUUUCAGGAGUGAAGCACUUGGAGCACUUCUUGAUGAUGUCGUAUUAAGCAUGUAGGGUUUAGCUUUCAGUAUCCCGUACUACUUAUUUAUGCAUGGUGAUGAUCAACGAAUUCAACUACUUUGGAUUGGAGUUGCUUUCUUGAUGUUGUUGCACCAAUGAUGUAGGGUUUAGCUUUCAGUAUGUUGGACUAAUAUAUGCAUGGUGAUGAUCUAUUAAAUGUCUUUGAUGAUAUGC